CGUCUGACGUCAGCACGCAAAGCCCCAAACCCGAGACUGAAGCUGUAAACAAUAAAACCCAGCCCGUCCAUCAUCCAUGCGCUAAACAUGCAUUUAUCCGCGAUGACGGUCGUGUUCUCGGUGCUGUUGUGCCUCUCAUGCGCCUUCAGGUCCGCUCGAGGUUACUAUGGCAACCCCCUGAACAAGUACAUCCGUCACUACGAGGGCCUGUCGUACGACCCGGAUCAGCUUCAGGACCGGCACCAGCGGGCCAGGAGAGCGCUCACACACUCGGAGCGCGAGCUGGAGCUGCAGUUCCACGCGCACGGCAGACACUUCAACCUGCGGAUGAAGCGCGACACACGGCUGUUCUCAGAAGACUUCAAACUGGAGAUGACUGGAGGAGAACUGGAGUACGACACCUCACACAUCUACACUGGAGAGAUCUACGGUGAGCAGGGCACGCUGACGCACGGCUCUGUUGUGGACGGGAGGUUCGAGGGCUUCAUCCAGACUCACAGAGGCACGUAUUACGUGGAGCCGGCCGAGAGAUACUUGCAGGACAAGAACGUGCCGUUCCACUCCGUCAUCUACCACGAGGACGACAUCAAUUAUCCUCAUAAAUACGGGCCGGAGGGCGGCUGUGCGGAUUCAUCAGUGUUUGAGCGGAUGAAGAGAUACCAGGAGGAUCCGCUGAAGGAGAAGUCGUCAGCGCAGGAUCAGGCGUUACUGAGGAAGAAGAGGAUGACUCAGGUGGAGAAGAACACCUGCCAGCUCUUCAUCCAGACCGAUCACCUGUUCUUUAAAUACUACAAGACCAGAGAGGCCGUCAUUGCUCAGAUCUCCAGUCAUGUGAAGGCCAUUGACGCCAUCUACCAGGGCACAGACUUCAUGGGCAUCCGCAACAUCAGCUUCAUGGUCAAGAGGAUCCGGAUAAACACCACCAGUGACGAGCGGGACCGGUCGAACCCGUUCCGAUUCGCUAACAUCGGCGUGGAGAAGUUCCUGGAGCUGAACUCCGAGCAGAACCACGACGACUACUGCCUGGCCUACGUGUUCACGGACCGGGACUUCGACGACGGGGUUCUGGGUCUGGCCUGGGUCGGGGCUCCCGCCGGGAGUUCUGGAGGCAUCUGUGAGAAGAGUAAGCUGUAUUCCGACGGGAAGAAGAAGUCUCUGAACACCGGGAUCAUCACGGUGCAGAACUACGCCUCACACGUGCCUCCCAAAGUCUCACACAUCACCUUCGCACACGAGGUGGGACACAACUUCGGCUCGCCGCAUGACUCCGGGUCGGAGUGCACUCCGGGCGAGUCCAAGAGCCAGGAUAAGAAGGAGCGGGGGAACUACAUCAUGUACGCCCGCGCCACAUCCGGAGACAAGCUGAACAACAACAAGUUCUCGGUGUGCAGCAUCAAGAACAUCAGCCAGGUGCUGGAGAAGAAGAGGGGCAGCUGCUUCGUGGAGUCCGGGCAGCCGAUCUGUGGGAACGGGCUGGUGGAGCCGGGUGAGGAGUGUGACUGUGGAUACAGUGAUCAGUGUAAAGACGACUGCUGCUACGAUGCUAAUCAACCCGACAACAGGAAGUGCAAACUCAAACCCAACAAAGUCUGCAGCCCAACUCAGGGCCCGUGCUGCACGGGUGAGUGCGGUUAUAAGAGCCGGAACGAGAAGUGUCGAGAGGAGUCCGAGUGCGCUCACCAGGGCAUGUGCAGCGGAGCCUCGGCCCAGUGUCCCACAUCAGAGCCCAAGGCCAACUUCACUGCCUGCCACGGGGACACACAGGUGUGCCUCAACGGGGGCUGCUCGGGCUCCAUCUGUGAGAAGUAUGGUCUGGAGGUGUGCACCUGUGCUAGCGUGGACGACACCGACGAGACCGAGCUCUGCCACGUUUGCUGCAUGGAGAAAAUGAACCCCAGCACCUGCAGCAGCACCGGCUCCGAGCGUCUCGCACGCUUCUUCAAUAAGAAGGUCACGACUCUUCAGGCUGGCUCACCCUGCAACGACUUCAAGGGUUACUGUGACGUGUUCAUGAAGUGCCGUCUGGUGGACGCCGACGGUCCCCUGGCCCGCCUGAAGAAGGCCAUCUUCAACCCCGAGCUGUACGAGAACAUCGCAGAGUGGAUAGUGGCUCACUGGUGGGCGGUGUUACUGAUGGGAAUCGCUCUGAUUAUGCUGAUGGCAGGAUUCAUCAAGAUCUGCAGUGUUCACACUCCCAGCAGCAACCCCAAACUGCCCCCGCCCAAACCCCUGCCAGGAACGCUGAAGAGACGACGAGCUCAGCAGGCGGCGCAGCAGCAGCAGCAGCAGCAUCAUCAGCACCUGAACCAGAACCAGCACCAGAACCAGCACGCUCACGGGCACCAGAACCAGCGGCCGGCUGCCCGUCCAGCCCAGCGCCAGCCUCAGCCUCAGCGCCACCACCGGCAGCCCCGCGAGAACUACCAGAUGGGCCAGAUGAGGCGCUGAGAGGCUUUACUCCAAAGAACCACACCGGGCCGCCGCUCCUCAUCAUCACAGUAACGCCAGGCUUCAUCCGGGUUCACACACUAAACUGGAACGCUUGACAGGAACAUGUCCGGUGUCCGUAAUGCUUCCGCAGACUGGAGUUUCUCUUUGGAGUAAAAACCAACCACAACUCAGUCCUUCAUUCCCUCACGGAGAAGCUGCACUCCUGAGUUUCUUUUGUAAUGAUCAUUUUUGUUUGUUUGUUUGUUUUUGCCCUCGCGUGCCAAGGUUUACCGGGGUAUUUGUAGAUAGAGCGUCUCCUGUAGUCACUUCUUUCCUUUGAAAACAUUAAAGACUCAAAGUGGUUUGAUAUGAAAAACAUCUUUUUAAGGAAGUGUGUGGAGCUUCGGCCCGAAUCGUCGCCACCUGCUCGGAAAAGGACUUUUAUUUUGUAAGACCAGAAAUAUUACGCCUUCCCUUUUCCGGACUCACGGCUGUAUAGAGAAACGAUAUUAGCUGUAUUAUACGAAGAUUAUUUCUUCUACUGUCGAUAAGAGAUUUACAGUUGCAGUUUUGUUGACAACACUCAGGACUCAAAAACGCUCAAACGAAGGCGGUGGUUCAGCGCGAGGAGGACGGAUCACGCGCAGCCGCCCGACGUCAUUCCACCGUUUACGUGCUUCAUUCUGUGUGUGUGUUUGUAUAUAGCUCAUCUAGAACCACGUCCUCACGUCCACUGCACUUCCGGUACACACCCCAACGAGGAAUGUGCAUGAAGAACUUGAUUUUAAAGUGUGUGUUUGUGUGUGUGUUAGCGGUACGACCAUGAAGAUAUGAA